AUGAAGGGACUGGGGCUAGCAUGGCGAACGAAUAGGUCGCCUAAUGUUGAGCAGGAGGCAGUGAUUGCAAUUUUUCAUCUUUAUACGCCUCUAAUGUCUUCCAAAAGGAAAGGUAGAUCUAGUGCAGCAUCUCAAUCUUCUAAUCAGUCACCUGAAGAGAAAAGAAGCAAAAAUAGUGACACGGACGAAGUGUUUGAAGCGCUGGAGAUGGCGGAGGACGUCGGUCUGAAACUGCAGCGUGUGCUGAAUAAAUUAGAAAAACUCGAUAAGAUAGAAGCGCAUCUUAGCGAGGUCUCUGCUAGUCUUGCUAGUAUUGAGGAGAAAGUAUCUCGUUUAAAUGAAGAUGUACAAGACCUGAAGCAAAAAACAAACAGAGUGGAAAAGAAAGCGUCCGAAUUGGAAGCAAGUAUCCAGUUCAACAAAAGACGACAUUUCAGACCUAAAGAAAGAGUCAAAGUUUGAAAUAAAUGAUCUUCGCAAGCAGAUAUUGUAUUUAGAAACCUUCUCAAGAAGAGAAAAUGGUAAAUUCUUUGGGAUUCACGAAGUAGUGCCGGCUUCUGCAGUUGACUCCCCACCCGAGGAUACAAGAGAUUUAGUGUUUAAAUUCCUGGAAAACAACCUUCGUAUUGAAAACCCUCGUGGUAGAAUCGAGUUCCAAAGAGUCCAUCGAUUGGGAAAGCCUAACAACAGCAGUGACAAACCUCGCCCAAUUAUCGCACGUUUCUUACCAUAUUCGGACAAGGAAAUGGUGAUGGAUGAAGCCCGCAAGGAGUUAAAGAGUCAAGAGGACAAACAAUUUUCGGUGUUUGACGAUAUACCAAAAGAACUUUAUGAAAUAAGGAAAAGUCAGAUGAAAAAGUUCAAGAAGGCCAGAGGCAAAGGCUGUACAGUAUAUUUCAGCAAAGCG